AUGAAAUCAAGUAUACCAAAACUUGACCUUAAAUUCAUGUAAGUAUUCGGUGAUAAAGCCUCAUCAGAAAAAGUAUCUGAAGAAGAUAUAAUAUCAGCUUUAGCAUUUGAUAAAUCUGGAAACUUAUUAUCUUUAGGAGAUCGGGCAGGUCGUCUUAUAAUAUUUGAAUAAGCUUAAACAAAAUCUAAAAGGAGUGAAUUUUAAUAUUUGACAGAACUAUAAAGCCAUACUCGAGAAUUCGAUUAUUUAAAGUCUACUGAUAUAGAAGAAAAGAUAAAUUAAAUUAUUUGGUUAAGAAAUUCUGGUAAAAACUUAUAUAUACUAACUACAAAUGAUAAGACUGUAAAAUUAUGGAAAGUUUCAGAUAAAACAAUAAAAAAAAUAGUAAAGAGUUCCGGAAAAGACUUUAAUAUGCCCAAGUUGUAAACUCUAGAAAGUGGUUUAAUGCCUACUAUUAAAAAAGUAUACCCGAAUUUGCAUACAUAUCAUAUUAAUUCUAUUUCAGCAUCAUAAAAUGAGGAAUAUAUGUUAUCUUCAGAUGAUUUACGAGUUAAUUUAUGGAGUGUAGAUAAUACAAAUAAGACUUUUGUAGCUGUUGAUUUAAAACCCGAUAAUUUAGAAGAACUUUCAGAAGUUAUCACUUCGUCAUAGUUUCAUCCAAUACAUGAUAAUAUGUUUUUAUAUACAACUUCUAAAGGAAUUACUAAAGUAGGUGAUAUGAGAAAAAGUGGAGUCUGUGAUAAUACUGCUUAGACUUAUUAUGAAAAAGAAGAUCCUUCUAAGAAAAAUUUCUUUACUGAAAUUGUGGCUAGUAUAUCAGAUGCUACUUUUUCAAAGAAUGGAAGGUAUAUUUAUGUUAGAGAUUUCCUUAAUGUACGUAUUUGGGAUGUUAAUAUGACUAAUAAACCAGUUGCAACAGUUCCUAUUUUUGAACCUUUAAAGAGUAAAUUAUGCGAACUUUACGAAAAUGAAUGUAUUUUUGAUAAGUUUUCUAUUUCUUCAAGUCCUGAUAGUAAUUAUUUCGUGACAGGAAAUUUUAAUAGUACUUUCCAUGUAAUAGAUAGAAAUGGCGAAACCAAUAAUUAAUUCGAACUUAACUUUAACAAAAAAACAAUUAGUAAAUAAAUACCUCCUAAAUAUUUCGAGAAUUUAACAUCUUCAUAUGAUUUUACUAGAAAAGCACUCAAAGCUUCUUAUUCUUAAGCUUCAAAUACUAUUGCGGUUUCAUGUUUGAAUUGCUUAUAUUUUUAUUCUGGAUCUAUAUGA